AUGGCAGUUCUGUGUCUGCUACUGCUAGUGGGGCUGCCUACAUUCUUACUGGGAGUCUUUAUAUGGGCUGUGGUAAAGCAUUUUCUCACAGCAGAAAUUCCUCCCUCUUUACAGCAUCCAGUCAAGUUCAGGUGUAUGCAUUGUCUGAUGCUCUUCGUAAUGGCCUUGGGUAAUAUAUUACAGAAACUGAGAAUCUGCUCUCUGCCCAGCUUCAUUACGUUUAUUCAUGAUUCAGUGCCCAUAAAGAAGGACCCUACCUUAGUGGUGAUAAACAUGCAUUUUGGGACAGUCCCUGUGAGACUAUUCCAGCCCAAGGCAGUGUCCUCCAACCUCCGGAGGGGCAUCAUCUUCUACCAUGGAGGGGCUGCCACUUUUGGUAGCCUGGACCUUUACCAUAAUCUGUGCAGUUUCCUGGUCCGGGAGACAGACUCAGUGUUGCUUUCAGUGGGGUACCGCAAGCUUCCUAAACAUCAUCACCCUGCCGCUCUUAAUGAUUGCCUGAGUGCCACCAUCUUGUUUCUGAAGGCCCUGGAAACCUAUGGAGUGGAUUCAUCUCGGGUGGUGGUCUGCGGAGAUAGUUUUGGAGGUUGGGUUGUAGCCUCUAUCUCCCAGACCUUGGUCAGUACCCCUAGUCUCCCCCAGAUCCGGGCUCAAGUCUUGAUUAAUCCAAUCUUGCAGGGCAUUAAUUUCCUUUUACCAUCUCUACGACAGAAUAAAAAUAUCCCAUUUCUUACCAAAGACUUGUUGAUUAUAUUCGUGUGUAACUACCUGGCCAUUGAUCUUUCUUGGAGAGAUUCCAUGCUUACAGGUGCUGUCAUACCUCUGGACAAGUGGAAGAAGUACAGGAAAUGGCUCAGCUCUGACAAUAUUCCCAGAAGCCUCUGGAGCCUAGACACACAACCUGAGUUUCUUGGACAUUUUAAUGAGGCUGCCUAUCUAGAAACAAAACACAUUUUUAAUCCAGAGAUUUCACCUAUCAUCGCAGAUGAUAAGACCAUUGCUCAGCUUCCUGAGGCAUUGCUAGUGAGCUGUGAGUAUGACGUACUUCGUGAUGAUACCUUGCUUUACAAGAAGCGCUUGGAAGACCAGGGAGUUCCUGUGACCUGGCACCAUGUGAUGGACGGCUUUCAUGGAUGCCUACUUCUGUUUGAUAGAAAGUUUCUAUUUUUCCCCUGCUCCAUAAAAGUAGUAAACACUGUUGUCAGUUACAUAAAGAGCAUAUGA